UUAGAGUUCCCGAGGCCCCGUGAACGCAGCAGUCUGGGAGGGUCCCGGAGCUGUGAGCGUCGGUUGCUUCUCACUCUGAAUCUCAGCCGCUUCACGGGAGCAGGAAACACGGAGCCGCUCCGCAUCUGAACGCUCGGUCCCGUAAAAACGAUGGCAGCCAUCAGGAAGAAGUUGGUGAUAGUUGGGGAUGGUGCCUGCGGGAAAACCUGUCUGCUCAUCGUCUUCAGCAAGGACCAGUUCCCAGAGGUGUACGUCCCCACUGUGUUUGAGAACUACAUCGCUGACAUUGAAGUGGAUGGCAAGCAGGUGGAGUUAGCGUUGUGGGAUACAGCAGGUCAGGAAGACUACGACCGACUGAGGCCUCUCUCCUACCCGGACACAGACGUUAUCCUCAUGUGCUUCUCCAUAGACAGCCCCGACAGUUUAGAGAACAUUCCUGAGAAAUGGACACCUGAAGUGAAACACUUUUGUCCCAACGUCCCGAUCAUCCUUGUGGGCAACAAGAAAGACCUGAGGAACGAUGAACACACACGCCGGGAGCUGGCCAAGAUGAAACAGGAGCCGGUCAAAUCUGAAGAGGGCAGAGACAUGGCCAACCGCAUCAGUGCCUUUGGCUACCUGGAGUGCUCCGCCAAGACCAAGGACGGCGUGCGGGAGGUGUUCGAGAUGGCCACCAGAGCCGCGCUGCAGGUCCGCAAGCGCAAAAAGAGGGGCGGCUGCCAGCUACUGUGAAGAGGAGGAGUUCGUUGGCCAAUCAGCACCUGAGGGAGCUCUCCCCGACACACACAGCAAAGUUAAUGAAACCUUAAAUCAAUGGCUUCCGUGGACUCUACUUAACAUCACAGUCACAGGCGAAUAUGAAAGACUGACACACCUGUUUAAAAGCAAAUCAGCUUUUUCUUUUGUUCAUUUCUUAAAACAACUUCCUCCGCUACUCACCCGCUCUCAGUUUCUGUUGUGUUUCCUCCACCAGCCUGUUUGUGAGAGGGAGCUGCCUCCUCCUGUAUGUAUGAAUGUAUGUUUGUAUUUAAAUGUGCAUAUACUUUACAAAUACAUCAGCCUCUGUGUAAUGAUUGUUUACAGAGAAGCGUCCUGCAGCUCACGUGUUCGCGACUCGUUCUCUCACGGCUGCAAGUAGCAGACAGUUUUAGUUUUGCUUUAAUAGUGCGGAACCCCCACUUCUCUUGACCCUGCAUAAACCACUCUGUCACCUCAUAUACAUCAGCUUCAGUCAUGAUUCUUCAUCUUUGUGGUUCCACUAUUCAUUUUACACCCCGAAAGUCCUAUUUCACCAAGUGCUGUGUCAGCAGAUCUCUGAUUUCCCAGCUCCGAACAUGUAGGACUAAAUUUAGAGCCUGUUCCCAACGGCAUUAAUCACCAACUGAAAUGUACAUAAACUGAGGAAGCAGUGAAUAUAUGUGUCGAGAGGUGUUGGACGGCACCUUGGUCUGUCUCUAUCUUCCAUGGCGACAGCUUAAACUGGCACUGGAGAUAGUGGUGCAUUGUCAUGGACACAAUACUCACAGUCACGCUCUCGCUUGCCCGGACAGACACGACACCCAAACAAGCUCUGCCUCGUGGUUUCAGAUCAAGUACACAGUCAUGAUGCAUCAGUGUGUUCUGGAGGGCUUGUACACUGUAAACACAAUACAAAUAUGAAUAUUGACAGCUUAUAAAUCUUUUCUGUGCACAAACAUUUUGUGGAACAAUCCUUUAUUUAACACUACAGAAAUAUUCCUCAAAAUGAGAUUGAACAAACAAAGAUUUACACAUUUGUAGCAAGCAACAUGUUCCCCUUGUUUUGCCCUUAAAGAUCAUUAAACCAUUAAAAACACAGGGUGCAUAUUUGGGCUUUAAGUUGAAAUUUUAAAUCAAAGUUUGAUAUUUUACAAACAAAACCUUGAUUUGAACAGGAAAUUGCAACUGAAUUGAGACGAAAGUCUGAGCACCAAGUUAGUCAGUGACCAAAAGUACAUUUAAAAGUAAGCGACCGAAUUAUCUAAACCACACAGUUGGAAUGAACCUGUAUGACAGGUUGUUUUUACUGUUCUCCUUAUUCCACAUCUCUUCCUGCCCAGAAAAGCCCCUGAACACACUGUACACACUGGGUGUAUUGAUCUCGCCACCAUCAUGAGCUACAGUUCCGAUGCAGCUUUCUUUUAUCCAGUUCUUUCAGAUCCAUAGUUGCAGGCUCAGGCUAAUUCCUGGACAGUGCCUCUGUGUCUACUGUCAACCGCCACAGUCCAAGAGAGAAUGUAGAUUGAGAUGCCACUUCACUAACACGAGUGGGAUGUGUUGAAUGUCUGGAUGAGACAAACAUGUUAAUAAAGUAUUUUUGAAAUACUAUGUAACCUUUACUGAUUGACUUACAAAUGCUUUUAAAUUCAUAACCGGAUACUGAUGCCCAAUAUGUCCAAUAGCAAACUGUGUUAAAGGGGUGUACAAGUGAUGUUUUGUUACUGUCCAAUUAUUGAAAAUUUAUUUUUCAAGAACAUCACAAAAUAUAACAGUGAUGUUUUCCUGUGUUCCUGGAAGGAAAUGGACAGCAUUCAUAUCCAUUUCCAAGUGUCAUUUUUACUGUUUAACGGAAAACCAACCCACUAGAAUCAGUGAAGCCAUUUGUUGCUUUGGUUUGAGUGAGUUAUAGAAGAGAAGUCUGGACACUUAGUGAGCUUUUUAGCUUUUUUGAUUCAGAAAACAUCAAACAGUAAAAAUAUAUCCAAUAGAUCCAACUGGACAGUCGUAAAGUGAAGAAAAGCGGCGAUGACGGGGAAAAGUAAAAAUGAUUAAAUAAGACAUUUUAACAUGGAAAGGUGCUUUGUGCCCGUUUAGAAGAAUAUGAUCAUUGUAUAAAUAUUAAGAAUCUUUUGUUGCACGAAUUAAGUGAAGAAUUAUGCCGAACAAAGAACAAAAUCAAUCCCUGCAAGUAGCAGAGCUGGAAGUUUGGUCUCUCUUUCUGUUCACAGAUCGUUACAGUCAUCAUUACACACAGUUGUGUGUGUGUCUUCACACGGUUGUAGAGUGAAUUCUUUUGUUACCUUCAGUGCGUUUAUGUCCCUAAAUGUGUGGUCUCUUCCAACUUCUUCCAGAGCCUCACGGAUUUCCUGCACCUAUAUGAGAAACAAAAAAAAACAACAGCUUCAGUUUCACACGAAAUUAAAGUUUUCUACCUUCUAAAA